CUGGGACUGUAUGUGCUGUGUGUGGUUGUGUCCUGUUUUUUCUCUGUUUGUUAGAGGUUGUUUCCAGUAAAUUCGACCAUUGGACUGAGUGCAGACAGUGUUUAGUUGAUGUAGUUCUUCAGCUAAAAUGAGGUUUUUUAAGUUAUUUUUUGUUUUGCUUCUCUAUGGACUGAGUCUACUGGUGCUUCCACCAGUUUCCUCCUCUGAAGUUGUUUGGUCCAUCUCAGCUCGUGUUGGAGAUAAUGUCACACUGCCAUGUGAGGCUCCAGGUGUUGUGGACUUUGAAGACGUUGCUGUAAAGUGGACCAGACCAGACUUGGGUCCAGAUCAGUUCGUCGUCUUCUACAGAGAUGGUAGACCUGAUCCAGAUAACCAGCACCCAUCCUAUCAGGACCGGGUGGAUCUGGUCCACAGUCAGCUGAUGGGUGGAGACCUGUCAGUGGUUCUGAAGAACGUGACGAUAAACGACUCUGGAAGGUUUGAGUGUCAACUGAUCCAGAAGAUGGAGAACCAAAAAAAGUGGUCUGAGUCUAAACCCAUCAGCACCAUCGUCCUGAAGGUCUCAGAUCCAGAUCCUAUCGAGGCUCGUGUUGGAGAUAAUGUCACACUGCCAUGUAACACUUCAGAUGUUGUGAACUUUGAAGACCCUACUGUAAAGUGGACCAGACCAGACCUGGGUCUAGGUCAGUACAUCUACCUCUACAGAGAUGGUAGACCUGAUCCAGAGAACCAGCACCCUUCCUAUGAGGACCGGGUGGAUCUGGUCCACAGUCAGCUGAUGGGUGGAGACCUGUCAGUGGUUCUGAAGAACGUGACGAUAAACGACUCUGGAACGUUUGAGUGUCAUCUGAUCCAGACGAUGAUGUUUGGGAAACGAAGAAAGAGAUCCAGGUCUGAGUCUGAACUCCUCAGCACCAUCGUCCUGAAGGUCUCAGAUCCAGGUUCCACUGGAAACAGGACGGAGACAGGAGACGAGGGAGGACACGAAGACAGACAAAGACAUGGACUGACUGGAUCUGUUUGUGUUGUUACGGUUCUCUCUGUGGGUCUUUUUUUGUCCAAAAAAGCAAAACUCAGCAAAUCUUUCUGAAAACGAAGUCCUGUAGGUGGAAUCAGGUCAGACCAUGUGAGUCCAGACCUGUGGUCCACAUCUGUCCUCCUGUUUCCUGUUUCCUGUCAGCUGAUCCCAGUCACCUGACUGACUGUACUCAGGUUCUGAUGGGUCAGGUUCUGAUCUUUAAGGUUCUGAUGGGCCAGGUUCUGAUGGGUCAGGUUCAUGGACUCUUGGGGGACUCACUUCAUUUCCCCUCCGUAGAGUUGCCACCUUAUCGUGGUGGGGGGGUUUGUGUGCUCAGAGGAUUCUGGGAGCUGGGUUGUGGAGGGUUUCCCAGGACAAAGAGGUCCCAGAGGAUGAGCCAGACCAGGAGCAGCUCAUCAGAGUGUUCCCAGAGACCAGAACCUGCAGAUUUAAAGAACCUGUACCUGUUCAAAUCCACACAGGAAACAGGAGGACCACAUUAGGCCCAUGUGGACUCACAGUCCAACCUGAGCUCAGGGACCCAGUGGAUCCACGGACCCAGUGGAUCCAUGGGACUGUGGUUUCCUUCCUGUCGUCUAGGUUUGUCUUAUAUUUCUGUCUAUUUCUUCUCUUCUCUGUCUUUUCUUCUGCUCAGUCCUGUUGGUUCCACAUUUCCAGUUUCACAUUUGUUGAGUUUUGUUUGUGUUGAAGUGAAUUUAACAGGAGUUUUUUUACUGUUUGUCUCUGAACAUUUAUGACGCAUAGAGACAUGUCAUACAAAUUAUCAUUGUUUAAUUUUAUUUAAAUAUUUUUAUUAUCAUGAUAGCUGUAUUUUAAUGUUUCUAUUAUUAUUAUUAUUAUUAUUAUUAUUAUUAUUAUUUUUCUAAAUAUAUG